GUGGCUGGGCUUUGUCCUGGCUGCUUCGUUGUGCCAUUGGAUACUUGCUGUGAGACCUGCUGGUGGAAGAGAAGAUGAGCUUUUCUAUCAGGCCAUUCACUCGGAGGUAAACAGAUUUGCUGCUCGGGAUUCACUGGCCUUCAGAGCAAGCAAAUGUGAAGAAGAUGCCAAGGCGCCAGAUAAUCCGAAAGAGGCCUGCCCAGAGGAAUGCCCUUUUGCUGCCGAACUCGCAGAUGCCAACCUGUAUUGCCAUUUCAAGUGCGUCAAGGCCAAGGAGUGUGGCGCUGCAGGGACUAUGGCCAACCAAACGAUACCAGAAAAAGAUAAGGUCCCUGAGAAUCCUUACUGUCGCUACUGCUCAGUGGAGGCCUGUGCGGAGUGCACGGCCAGCCCACCUGGAGAAAAAGGAGGGGUUGAGACCUGCAAGAAGUGCAUGCUCGGCUACACACUGGAAGAGGAGGGCAAGGAGUGCAAAUCUCACAGCGACAACGUUUUUCUUGGCCUGAUUGUACUGGCUGGUAUUGCGGGGCUGGCCGGAUUGUAUUGGUAUGUCACCUUGGCAUCCAAGCCGGCAGUCAACCCAGAGGGAUUGCAGUAUGGUCAGUACAGCCAGUGGCGUAUGAUGGUGACACAAGACCACCAUGGAGACGAGGGGCAGCCUUACCCGUUUGCUACAAAUCUGUGCAACGUUCAUGUGGCUGGCCCUGGUGGCACGGCACUCUUUCGCUUCCAAGCGGCUGCGAUCACCUGGGGCAUACUGGUGAUAGCUGUUUGGCUUGGCUUUGUUGCCUUUGUCAGCCGCGAUUUGCUCAUCCUGGGAAAUCGCCCAGCUGUCACCCCACGACAGCUUUGUGAGGUGGUUGCAUGGGGCCGACACCGGCAGAUGCAGCUUAUUUGGACCAAAGUGGCUUGGAUUGCUUUCGCGUACCUACUUGGCACGUUUGGUGCAAUUUGGUAUGGGAUCAUGAUGGCCAAGUUCUUCCGCGCCUUUGACAGUGAGCGUGCCACCUUGUCGGACUACGUGGCCGUUUUGGAGAAUGUCCCGAAGCUACAGGGUAAGGACAAGGUUGAGGACAUACUCAAAGAGGCGGUCCAGGAAGCAGUUGGCGGCCGUGACAGUGACAUUGCCAAAGAGAUUGUGGCCGUGUCAGUCGGGUGGGACUUUCGAGAGCAUCGUGCGCAGGUGCGUCACUUCAUCGAUGAAGAGGUGAAGGCAUUCCACGAAAAGAAUGAUGAGCCACAGGAGAUCCCCGCCGGCACCGGGGAGGAGUUUGAUAGCUUCUGUGGAAGCAUCAACAAGCAUGUCCUGAACAAGUGGCACAUCCACUUGGAUGCUCAGGGUGAGGAGUUCACAGAAGAAGACCUCAAGAAGAACCUGGAGAACAUGGAGACUGCCCCAACCUCUUACGUGAUCUUCAUGACGGAAAGUGCCAGGGACAAAGCAGUCGAGUUGACGAAGGCUGCCGGGGUAAAAGUCAAUGAUACAACAUGCAGUUUGCGACCAGAGACCUAUGAACCGGAGGCGCUGUUCUGGCACAAUUUGCAAGUGACUCCCGAGCAGCGACGCUGGAAGUUCAUGGGCUCCAGUGUAAAUAUUUUCCUCACCUGCUUGGCAUGGACUGUUCUCCUUUACAUCCCAUAUGCCCACUACAUGUCGGCCUUUUCCUACGCGAAUGGGGACGAGCCAAGUGAACUGGCCGAGGGUGCCUUUGUUUCCCUGGUGGUCGGUGCACAAGUUGGUCUCUUUGUGGCCAGUAGUAUCGGAGCGGACUUCUGUCAAUGCCACUACGAGGACCAGAAGCACAGGAUUUACAUUAUUUUCUACAAUGCUGCCCUGAUCUUGAACCUGGUGCUUGACAUUUUGCUGCAAGGUUACUUAAGCUACUUGCAAAUGGUGGGUGUUGGCGCGCGUGUAGCUGAUGGUCGGCUUUUGGGAAGCCUCACGAGCUUACAGGAAAUUUUCGAGUCCUAUCCCAUGCAAAAGUCCGUUGGAAAACUAUUAUUCAAAUACUGUUGGCCAUGUACCUUUCUUGUACCAUUUGUCGCAGAGCCUUUCUUGGCACAGCUAGGUCCUUAUCACGUGGGCUCUCUGCUUUUGCGGAGUAAUGAGAGAAUUCGCGGGGAGAAUGCCGAACGUGCUCUGGAGCUGUCUGAAAUGGAGCAAGGCCGUUACGCCGACGUGAUUUUCAACCUGAUCCUGGUGGCAUGCAUUCCCUUCAUAGCUCCUGCUUACAUGCUGUGGACCUAUGGAGCUUUUCUGGUCUCCCACCUGUAUAUCUACUGGUACGAUCAUUGGAAAACCUUGCGCUGGGCCCGGAAGUUCUACUUCUCGAGUGACGAAGUGCAUUGGUUUGGACAACAGCUCCUGAGUCUUCCAUUGGGAAUCCUAGCUGCUGCCUUGGUAUUCAAAGCCAACCAGAUGAGUGGCGGCCCAAAUGCAAAGUUAGGAUCUGGGGUGCUUCAAGGAUCGACCCUAGGUGCUGCUAUGGCCGGUGCCUUUGUGCUCCACGUCUUGAUCCAUUUGACCCUGUUGGACAUGGUUGUCAAGCCGUUCAGAAUAGAUCCCAACAAGGCUGAAAACACAACGCCAUUCUCAGCAGUUGCAGAAGAGGAAGCUGCCACUCAUUUGUCUACGAAUCCGAUCCAAUGCUUGCGAUCCAAGUUCAUUCUGCAGGAUUCACCUCCAUUGAGUCCUUUUGUGCUGGGAAAGGAGAGGAUCAUGAAGGCAAAUCCCAAACUUGGUGCCUAUUUCGACGGAGAACAAGAUGCGAAACAAAAGGAAAAGCACCGUGAGGUGCGCAAAUCGCAGCAAAGCGUUUCGGAACCUCAGGAGGAGAAAGCUUGA